CGAUUCUGAAAUUGUCAGAAAACACCGCGUAAAGUAUGGAAUAGUACUGUAAUAUUCAAGAAAAACAAUUAAACUUAACAUAAUAACAUACAACUUUUGUAAGCAAAAUGUUUGGUAAAGCGUAUAAAUUAAAAUCAAAUAAUACUUUAAAGAAUUCGGAAAAGAAACAUUUGGCACAGCGUAUUUUAAAUGAAUUCCCAGCUGCUACUGAUGAGAAGGUGAAAGAAUUAGUACCUGUGAAGUCAAACACAAGUUGUAUGAAAUUGAUUCUACACUCCGGCGAGACAGUGGGUGUGUAUGUGGUGGACAACGUGCCGAUAGUGAUAGAGGCCGGCGAGGUGCUCGUGCCCACCGUCUGCGCCCUGUGGAAAGUGCCGGACCUCCUACCCACACUCAUUAUACAUUCACUAGUCCUUCCCAAGCUAGCGGGCGGGGCGCCGCUGUACGCGCCGGGCGUAGCGAUGGCGGGCGCGGAGUCGUUCCCCCGCUUCGCGCGCGGCGCGCUGCUGGCCGCCGCCACCGCAGACAACGCCGCUGCGGGCGCCGUCGGCCGAGCCACGCUCUCCUCCGCAAACCUCCUUAGAACCACAAUGGGUGUAUGCAUGGAGACGCUACACGUGUUUGGAGACCUGCUCUGCAAGGAGGCCAAGUUCACAAAGUUGGAGCGGCCCAAGCUGCAGCCCCCCGCCUACAGCCCCUCUGUGGACAGUGUCGCUGCACACAUCACACUGUUAAGUAUCCAGCAACCGAUCAGAGAAGAAUGGCCCAGUUUGGUCAAAGAAACAUCUCCCGCUGAGAAAUCGACUCAUUUUCCAGUUUUAAAUGAACCAAAAACAAUUUGUGAAGACGAGACAUUUGACAAUGAGGAAUUAGAGUUCGAUGAAACUGUUCUGACAGAUAGUUCACAAAUAGAGGAUGACCCGGUGCCUACGGACAUGGACGAGCUGCUGCAGUGGUGUCUGCUCAGCUUCAUCAAGCGGGAGGGCAAGAACCUGCAGCUGCCGCUCAAGACCAACCUGCUCUACAAGAACCACCUGAUGCCGCUGUGUCCCGCACACCGCAGCCUGGAUGUCAAGAAGUCCAGCUACAAGAAGAUGAGCAAGUUCCUCGACGCCAUGCAGCAGGAAGGUUUGGUGGAGGUGCGCGAGCUGGAGAAGGUCGGCCCACAGGAGAGCAUGAGCUGGGAGGAGGCGAUGCGCGCGCUGCUGGACAAGAUGACGCCCGGCACGGAGCUGCGCUUCCCCGACGGCACCGUCAAGCUCCUCAAGUCUCGCCUCGAACCCAUCAAGAUGGAAGUCGUCACUCGCAGCGGCAACAAAAAGGUGACGCUGGUGUCCAACCUGGAGGCGUACGGGCUGUCGCCGGGCGCGCUGGCCCGCGAGGCGCAGCGCGGCGCGGCGGCGGCGGGCGGCGUCACGCGCAGCGCCGCCGCCAAGCACGACCAGCUCAUGGUGCAGGGCGACCAGACGCACUUCAUAGCCAAGCUGCUGAUAGAGAAGUACGGCCUGCCCAAGAAGUACCUGGAAGGUGCAGACAAAGCACUCAAUAAGAAAAAGUAAUUAUCAUUUUUGUGUCACCUGUACAGUUAUGUCACAUUGAAGUAUGAAAUAAAACACUUUGUUGUACAUUAAA